CUCCAGACACAUGCACCACCUAGUAGUACAUCUGGCUUAAGUGGGUCCUGGGGAAUGAACCUGGGACCUUGGGCUUUGCAGAUUUGAUAAUGGGCUGCAUUAAAAGUAAAGAAAACAAAAGUCCAGCCAUCAAGUACACGACUGAAAACCCUCCAGAGCCCAUCAGUCCAAGUGUCAGCCACUACGGAGCAGAGCCCACCGCAGCCUCUCCGUCGUCCGCCGCCAAGGGAGCGCCCGCCACCUUCAGCAGUCUGUCCAUAACGCCAUUUGGAGGAUCCUCAGGAGUGACUCCUUUUGGAGGAACAUCUUCCACGUUCUCAGUGGUGCCAAGUUCGUAUCCUCCUGGUUUAACAGGUGGUGUUACUAUAUUUGUGGCCUUAUAUGAUUAUGAAGCUAGAACUACAGAAGACCUUUCAUUCAAGAAGGGUGAAAGAUUUCAAAUAAUUAACAAUACGGAAGGAGACUGGUGGGAAGCAAGAUCGAUCGCUACGGGAAAGAACGGUUAUAUCCCCAGCAACUAUGUAGCGCCUGCUGAUUCCAUUCAGGCCGAAGAGUGGUAUUUUGGCAAAAUGGGGAGAAAAGAUGCUGAAAGACUACUUCUGAAUCCUGGGAAUCAGCGUGGUAUAUUCUUAGUAAGAGAAAGCGAAACUACUAAAGGUGCUUAUUCCCUCUCUAUUCGUGAUUGGGAUGAGGUAAGGGGGGACAAUGUGAAACACUACAAAAUCAGGAAACUCGACAACGGUGGAUACUAUAUCACAACCAGAGCACAAUUUGAUACACUACAGAAAUUGGUGAAGCACUACACAGAACAUGCUGAUGGUUUGUGCCACAAGUUAACAACUGUGUGUCCAACUGUGAAACCCCAGACUCAAGGUCUAGCCAAAGAUGCUUGGGAAAUCCCUCGAGAGUCGUUGCGGCUAGAGGUUAAACUAGGCCAAGGAUGUUUUGGUGAAGUAUGGAUGGGAACAUGGAAUGGAACUACGAAGGUGGCCAUCAAAACACUCAAACCAGGUACAAUGAUGCCCGAAGCUUUUCUUCAAGAAGCUCAGAUAAUGAAAAAGUUAAGACAUGAUAAGCUUGUUCCGCUGUAUGCUGUUGUUUCUGAAGAGCCAAUUUACAUUGUCACUGAAUUUAUGUCCAAAGGAAGCUUGCUAGAUUUUCUUAAGGAAGGAGAUGGAAAAUACUUGAAGCUUCCACAGCUGGUCGAUAUGGCUGCUCAGAUUGCUGAUGGUAUGGCAUAUAUUGAAAGAAUGAACUAUAUUCACCGAGAUCUUCGGGCUGCUAAUAUUCUUGUAGGAGAAAACCUCGUAUGCAAAAUAGCAGAUUUUGGCUUAGCAAGAUUAAUAGAAGACAAUGAAUACACGGCAAGACAAGGUGCAAAGUUUCCAAUCAAAUGGACAGCUCCUGAGGCUGCACUGUAUGGUCGAUUUACAAUAAAGUCGGACGUCUGGUCAUUUGGAAUUCUCCAGACAGAACUGGUAACAAAGGGGAGAGUACCGUAUCCAGGGAUGGUGAACCGUGAAGUGCUGGAACAGGUGGAACGAGGCUACAGGAUGCCCUGCCCUCAGGGCUGUCCAGAGUCCCUCCACGAGUUAAUGAAUCUUUGUUGGAAGAAGGACCCCGAUGAAAGACCAACAUUUGAAUAUAUUCAGUCGUUCUUGGAAGACUACUUCACUGCGACAGAGCCACAGUACCAACCAGGAGAAAAUUUAUAAUCCAAGUAGCCUGUUGUGUGCACAAAUCUGCUAAAACAUACUGAACGUUUGUGGGGUUCCUCACAGACAGGAAUCAGGAGAAGAUAAUCUUCACUCUGCAUGUUUUUAAUGGUAAACUGGAAUUACAGACAUGGUUGCACAAAACCACUUUCCCCCCAAGUGUUAAACUCUAUAAAGUACCAGUGAGGCAUUUUCCAACUUCUUCCAGGGUCCAAAGACAACAGAGGUGAGACUCUGCUGGUGUGGUGUGAGCAUGGCAAGGACGAACAAGACCACUGUUGGUUGACAAGCCACUCCUUCUCUUCUUCCCCAGACUCAGAAUCCUUACAGAAAACUGUUCAUUGUUAGUGACAAAAUUUGGGAGGUUAUACCACAGUAAAAUCUAAAAUUAGGAUUCUUGAUGGGACCAAAUAAUUCCAUUCCAAGUUUUUAAAAUGUCUUGCAUUGAUCUUGAAGGUUUUUCUGUGUUGAACAGUCAACAUGGAAUCUUAGCAUAUGCCUCCUUCUGUGUGGAAGUGGGCCAGGCUUUUCUAAAGCAAAACAUAGAUUAUAAACAGCAUUUAAAUGUGAUUAAAUGUUAGACCACAGCUGUGGUAUUUGAAAGUAUAAUGCACUGUUCAUACUCAUAUUAAUAGAACUGGAAAGUAGAAAAAGAAAUUUUUCACUUCAGUCAUUUUUUUUUAAUUGUUCAAUGUAAGAUAAUGAAGGCAACUAGUAAGUGAGUUAAUCUCUUGUAAGGUUGCAUUGAUUUUCCUAAAGGCAGUAUGUAAUUGAAAAUAUACUAUCUAAUCUGAGGGCAUCUCUUAAUUUUUAGAUAGCAUGAAAGGUAAAACCCAGCAUUUAAGCAGUCCAUUUAAAAAAAAUAGACUUGGUACUGUGAGAUGUUGCUGAUAGGUUCUUCUGGUGAUGGGUGCCACACAUAGAAAGUGUCACUAGAUCAGGGACUUGAAUGCACUUUGAGCUUGUUUUUGAAUAUAGAGUAGGAGAAAGGAAAAUGUAUUUAGAAGAAUUAUGAGAAAAGAAAAUGUGAAAGUUUUACAGGCAGAGGGAUGGGUGGAAUACAAUGUUUGGUGUUGAUAUGGACAGGCAGCAUGGCCUUGCUGGCAUGCAAAACUCCUCACAUGGCGGUUUGCUUAGACUUUAAGAGCUAUCAGGUAUGACUGUCACACUAAGUUUUGUUAACAUACACACUACAUGAAUGUUCCAUCCUCAAAAUAGUGAAGAGAAGUCUUUACUAAUUCCAGUUGACCCAGCUUUUAUACAGAACCUUCUUAGAACUCCACUGUUCAAAACCCCGUUUGAGUCUUCCCUUCUAUCUUAAUGGUUGUCAUUUUUCCCUUUUGGAAUGGAGUUGAUUUGAGGAGGUAACCGUAUUCUGAGAAACUAACUUAGAAGAGGGAAGUAUUGGUCAAUUUAAAAUUCACAAGUAAAACAUACAAAAAAAAAAACCUGGUUUUCCAGACUAAAAUUCUGAAAUGAAUUUGAAUAGCAGCCAUUAGUGUUUUAAGAUUUUAGCAAAGUACAAAAUGAAGUCUAGUAUUUAUGUUUAAAUGCUGUGUUUAUAGCCACACUUUAAAGCAUUGUCUAAAGUUCCUGUUCUCAACAUAUGAUUUUUAACUACCAUCACUUUAAUCCUUAAAUUUAAAAUAGCUGUGCCAUGGUAUAUAUGUUCAAAUUUAAACCUUUUUUAAAGUGUGACACAUGAACUUCAUGCAAGUUGGCAAAAGUUCUGGUACUAAAGAUUAUACUUGUUUCUUCUUUUUACGUAACGUGUUUAGUAUUGAAUCCUCUACCAUGAGAGGCUUCCUAAGAUGAGUGACGUCAUUAUUUGUCCCAAUGUCUACAACCUGUGAUAGGAGUUUUUUAAAGGGCUUCAUGUGAACUAUAUUGUAUUGUUUUUCUAAGUAUUUUUUAAAAGGUAACAAAGUUAUGUUUAUGUACUCAUUGUGAUCAGAAAAGCCAGGAAAAGUUGAUGAUAUUCAUUAGGUUUUGAUGAAAUGGAUCAGUUCCUUUUAACCAUUGUAUAGUAAGGAUAAAACACUAACUCUAACUUGAUGUGUAUUCAAUUUAAAUUGUUACGUAUUUUUUAAUUGCCAAGAAAAUAAACAGUUUUUGUACAUUUGAGGGUUUUUUUUCCCAGCAGCCUCCAUCUUUAUUGUUUUACUGUGGAGCUUUCCUGUACCAAAAAGAAUGUUGGCAAAAGCAGCCUUCAGCACAAACACUUUUUUAAAUGAAUAAUGGUAGCCUAAAACUUAAUAUUUUUAUAAGAUGUUGUAAUAUUGUUUUGUGGAUAAUUGAAAUAAAAAUCUCAUUGAAUGCA